AUGUCAGAACCACCACAAAAGAAGAUCUUGAAGGUCUUUGAUCAAGAUGGUCUUUACAAAACAAUGGUGGUAGAACCAAAGACAACUGCUGGUGAAGUCUGUGAAAAACUAGGAAAGAAAUUAUUUAUGAAAGAUGGUGAAAUGGAAUUAUUCAAUCUAUUUGUAAUUGAAGGUGGAGUUAAACAAUCAUUAAAGAUGACAGAUUUUCCAUUUGAUACAAUUUUGAAAUUCGAAAAGAAAGAGUAUAAAUUCUACUUUUUGAAUAUAAAAGGUGAAUUUAUGAGUUUCCAAGAGCGUGUUGCAUCAAGUUUGACAGCGGCUGCCACUGGAAAACCGGCUGGGGGAGCAACUUCACCAUCGCUCACUGGAAAUGCUCCACCCUCUGGAUCACCAGCUGGUGCUUCACCAAAGAUGAGUGCAUCAUCGAUCAAACCGGGUCGUGGAAUGUCAGGCUACUUGCUCCGAAAGAAAGCAGGAAAGUUCUUCAAAGUGUGGUGUGUUGCCAAUCAAACGACACUCUGCUUCUACGCCAGCGAAGAAGACAAGGAGCCACAGAUGGAGCUGGUCUUGGAGAAUGCCAUCAUCGAGUUGAAGGCAAACGAGCAAGGUGCGCACAUCCUGCUCACGCUGUCCAACUCUGAGCGACAUACACUGAUGGCUGAGAAUCAAGGUGAUUUGCAAGCUUGGGCAACUGAACUGGCGGCAACCGCUGCCUAUUCCACUGUUACUCAACGCGCUGUCGCCACGCCAUCUAUGGCAUUCGUUCCAACCACCAAAGAUCUUGGACAUAUCAAACUACAAGGCAAACUCGAGAAUAUAGAUACACAAUCGACAGUUUUGAAUCGUUGGACUGAAUAUCUGGUGGCGCGACGUGUUGGAGUGGCGCAUUCUAGCGAUAUUAGCAAUUGCUACAGUGAUGGAUGUGUUCUUAUCAACGUAGUCGACGCGCUGUUUGAGCGUCAAGUUAAAUUUAGAAAAGGAAAAUCUGUUUAUGAAAUGCAGCACAAUAUCGAGAAUGUUUUGGAGAUGUUAAAAUCGUUGGGCGCCGACUAUGGAAAGCUGCUUGCAACCGAUAUCGUAGAUUGCAAGGUCCCAAGAGUCAUUCUCAGAUUGCUCUACUCUAUUUUCAUUGCAUUCGUGACAAACGGAGAGAAAGAAUACGCAGCAAAAGAUAAGCUUAUCGGAUGGUGUGGAAGAAAGACAUUGGAAGUCAACAAAUCAAUCAUUGUCGAUUCACCAACAGCAUUGUUCAACCCAUUGGCGUUCGCUGCAUUAAUAGCACGUCAUAACCCAAAUAUCAUUGACAUGGAUAGUCUUUCAAGAAAAUCAAAGGUUGAUCAAGCUCAAGUUGUAUUGGAUGUUGCUUAUGAACAUCUAAAGAUUCCAAAGAUUCUUACCGCCAAUUGUUGGAGUGAAGAUCAUGCAGAUGAACGUUCAUUUUUAGUAUAUUUAUCAUUCUAUUAUUUCUAUCUUGGAGGUGAUUCGUCGAACAAGUCACAACUAUUGUCGAGAUGUUUGGAAGAGCAGCAGGCAGUCGAGUCAGAGUCUAUCGUAUCUGCAAGAGAUAAACAAUUGAAAGCAAUGGUUGAGAAGGACGAAGAAAAUAGAGCUAGUCCACAAACUAAACCAAUUUCUACUCCAUCACCACAGCCAGUUGCUUCAAAACCACCUGCAAGCAAGCCAAUGGCCAAGCCAAUUGCCAAGCCAAUGGCUACUGCUACUUCUGCACCCUCUGAGAAUGGUGUCACUGCUAAACCAAUGGCUAAACCAAUGGCUAGGCCAAUGGCCAAACCAAUUGCCAAACCAAUGGCUACUGCACCCUCUGAGAAUGGUGUCACUGCUAAGCCAUCGCCUGUUCCAAGAACUAAGCCAGCUCCAGUACCAAGAUCACCUGCCUUGCAAGAGGAGAAGGAUAAACAAGAGAAGCAGGAUUCCGAGAAGCAAGCAAGGGAGAAAGCUAGAAAGGAGGCAGAGGAGAAAGCAGAUAGACUUGCAAGACAACUCGAGUUGGAGAUGUUGGAGAAUGAAAUGGACGAUACCAAUGAAUUGCUUGCUGAGCAAAGAAGAAUUGAACAAGAGGAUGCUGCAGAGAUGGCUGAACUUGAGGAGCUUGAGCGUCUUCAACGUGAGGAGUUCGAGCGUGAAGAAGCUGCCAAGAGAUUCCAACAACACUUUGAUCAACAACGUCAAGAUCGUGAGAGAGAGGAGAAACAAAGAUUGGAAAGAGAAAAAGAAAAAGAAAAAGAGAGAGAAAGAGCAAAAGAACAAGAAAGAGCAAGAGAACAGGAAAGAGAAAAAGAAAAAGAAAGAGAAAGAGAACAAGAGAGAGCAAGAGAGAAGCGUAGAAUACAAGAAGAGGAAGAGAGUCAGAAGGAUCAAACUCAUCAGGAUAUAUUGGAUACUUUAGCCGGUAUCGACGAUGAAUUGGAUCAAAUUUUGAGAAGAGAACAAGAGGAAAGCAAGCGUUUCAUCGAGAUGAUGGAGAAACAAACGGGAAUGAGCAUUAGCAAUGACAUUAAAUUUGAAGAUUCCGCACAUGACAGCAAUCAACAAAAUAGUAAACCUCAAUAUGAAGAUGAACCACCUGCUCUAGGAUCGGUACCACCAACUCGUAAGGAAUCGACCAACAAACAACUGAAUGAACGUGCCUCCAUUAUCAAUGUAUUCGACAAACUCGAUGAAGAGCUAUCGCACUCGAGAAACAAUAGUAUUUCACAACCAACAAGACAACAGCAACCACAACAACAGCAACAAUAUUCCAAUCCAUCUUCAAAGAGUGGAAGUGUAUCGUCUCCACCAACGACACCACGUGUUACCGAGAGCGAUAAUACAACCGUCCAAAAAACAUCUGUAUCAGAAACAACACCACCAUCACAACAAAACUUUACACAACCACCAUCUAGUGCACCACCACAACCAAAUCAACAACAGCAACAACAACAACAAGAAGCACCACCAGACAAUCGUGGUAAAGUGGUUGUUAGAAUUUGUUUGGAAGGUUUUGGUGAUGUAUUGUUUUGUUCGUUUGCCAUUGGAUAUGAUACACUUUGUGGAAAGGUGCGUCAGAUGGUUUGUAAGAAGAUGAAGGUAGCCAUGGAGUUUGAACAAGAGUAUUGUCUGUAUAUUGUUCGUGACGGAUUGGAGCGUGUUUUGGACGAUGAUGAAAUCCUCUUGGAAGCAGAGGACAAGAUUGACAGAUUCGUAUUUAAAUUAUCAGAUAACUUUGACAGAAAAUCAAUUAUAUCAAAUCAUAGAGGUUAA